AUGUUCGAGCCAUGUUUUAAUACUUCAGGAGGAAUUUCCAGUCCACAAAAUAAUGUACAACAGAUUCCUCCAAUUUUAUUUCGUAAACGUACUGAAAAAAUUGAUUGGAGACGAUUAGCAUCAAUCGAUGUAAAUCGUAUCGCUAGUCAUGUGGAUAUUGAAAGCCUACAAGAAAUGUUGACAUCUGUUACAUUCUGUGAUAUAACUAGUGAAAUUGAUACAAGAUAUAUUGAUACUAAUUUCAUAAAGUUAUUUCAGCUAGCCCAACUUUUAAUUGAAUACUUAUUGUACUCUCAGGAUUAUUUGACAACCUCACUCGAUUCCCUAAAAGAACAAAAUCAAGAACUUAACAAGAAAUGUGAGAAACUAAAGCAGCAGUUACAAGAGAAAACUAAUCGUCUUACAUUAACUAGACGAGAAUGUCAUCGUCGACGUUUAUUGCUUAUGGCACAACAAGAACUUAUGGAUUCCGGUCCUCAGUCAUUGCACAAGUGUAUGUACUGUCCAAAAGCUUUUGUGAACGCUUCAUUUUUGGCUACACACAUUCAUCGCAGACAUCCAGAAACUGAGAUGCCGCAUGUAAAUGUACCAUACUCCACAGCACAUAUGACAGGUACGGUAACCGAUGAUAUGCCUUAUCCUCACACACAACAUCUACCCUGCUGCGGAGCAAUGCAUCCAUCAAAAAUGUCUCCAAGACAAAUGCCCCAACAGACAGAAUGUCAUUACACGACAAAUAAUAAUAUGAGUGCCUCUUUAGAACGUGAUGUAAGAGCACUAUUAGAACAACUGAAAUCUGUUACUCCAAGUCUUCCAAAUCGUUCUAACUCACCAGUGAAAUCAAUCGGAUUUGACGUUGACAUUGCCACAAAGGGAACUAAUGAAUCAGAUUGGCAUACACAAUUAUUAGAAGAGCACAGACGUGAUAUAGAAGCAAUGAAAAGAGGAUUUGAAAAAGAAUUACAUGCAUUGCAAAUUCAAUAUAAUCAAACUCAGGAAGAACUAUAUAAACUUAAAUGUAGACCAGCGACUUCAAAUUUGGGAGAACUGGAAAAUGAUGUGUCUGGUCCUGUAUUUCGACCAAGUCGUGCAGCUUCAGCUAGUGGAUCUAUACGACGCUCUGGAUACAAUCGUAAUUAUGAUGAACAGGUUGAAAUCGGCUCUCAUCAUAGUUUACAGAUAGAUGAUAAAGAAUCAACUGUUCACGGUUCAACAGUGUCCGGCUCAACUACAAGAUUUGUUAGGCGACGUUCACCACAACAAGCCUUCAGGGAUACUAUAAAUAACGAAGGUAAAGAAGAGUCAGAAGCUCAACAGGUCUCCAGGGCUAUGGGAAGAGUAUUAACGGCUUCAGGUGGAACAAGUCCAACGCCAAGUUUAAACGCAAGUACAAAUAUGUUGCGUUAUAGUCGUUUAUUGGAUCAAUUACGCAGUGAUCCAGAAACUUUGAGAAAACUACGUCAUGAAGUAGAACAAUUACUAAUAGAACAAUUAAAUGAACGUGGAAUUAAACAAGAUCAAAAUCGUCUGUCAACAAGUCAACUCAAUCAAAAGUUAAAUGUUUUAAACAAGGAAAGAGAACAUUUGGCUAAAAAACAUCCAAAUUUCAUGGAAAUAAGAGAUGCUUUAGCUCAACAUGUUGAUCGUUUAGCGCAUGCAACAAUCCGUGGCAGUACUGGCAACAUUAUAGAAUUAAGACAACGUGGAGAAAAUAAUCAAAAGAUGAAUUUUUCUUACAAAGCUGGUUUACCUCCACCAGCAGCUUAUAGUCCUGCAAGUUUACGCAGAGCUGGUACACUGCCUUUAGCCUCACAAAGAGUUGAUGUCACAUCUAAUUUAGGUGUGUCACUGCCAAUAUUAUCUGUAAAUAACGAUAUGGGUAGUAGUCAAAGUAAUAUGACAGAAGGUAUGAAUUCAUUGAAUAAAAGGCCGACUGGAUACUUUGAAUCAAAACCACGUUUACAACGAUCCAGUCCUCAACUACAAUAUAUUACUGAAGAGACAAAGAGUGAGUCAUCUGCAUCAAAACAACAGCCUCCAUCUAUACACCAACAGGCGCAUACAACAUCUCAGAAAUAUUCACCAUCACAUAUGAAUAAUAAUAAUAAUAACAACACCAGUAAUAACAACAAUAACAAUAAUAGUAGUAUUAACAAUAGCAGUAGCAAUGGUCAACAAAAACACGGUACAUCAAAUUCCCCUGAAAUUCAUUUCAGCCAUGACCAAAAAGUUGUAACUUUCGGUGGCCAGUCGUCAGAAACAAAUCGUAAUCUAGCAGUUGUACAAAGUAGUGAAGAUGAUGAAUGGGAUUCAGAAACAGAAGAUUUAAAUGCUGUCGCUGCUGAAAUCAACAAAGCACAACAAUUGAAUUUAUCUAAUUCAACUCAAAAACUAGUAAAUCCUAGAAAUUUAGAAGUGUCCUUCUACAAACCAAGUAAUUCAAAUACUACUACAAAUAAUAAUAUCAAACAAGGGAAUAACAACGCCAGUAUUCCUCCAAAUCCUCAAGGAAUAAAAUAUAGUUUAUAUAAGGGUCAAAGUUUAAAAACAGAUGAUGAAGAUAUAUUUAGUGUUUCAUCAAUUAACGGUGGUUUAGCCGAAGACAACAGCUUAUCUCUAGCUCCAGAGGUAUCACCUAGACAUACAAAACGUCCAGUCGGAGUAAGCAGAUCUCUAGAUCCUAGUGUGGCAGCAGCACAUGCAGAAGCAAGCGCAUUAGGCCCUAGACCAACAACUAGAGUGGGUGGCAUUAACCGACAACCAAUUACUGCAAAGCAUACAUCUAUUGGAAGUCCAGAGCUGAGUAAUACGAUGGCGACUAGCCUAUGGGGCACUAAUUCUAAAGCAGCCAGUCCGAGUACUAAUGUUAUCUCUGUGGCGAGAUCAGAUGGUGCCUAUGAUGAAUUCGAUUCAGAUGAUUGA